UUCCAAAACCAGGGUCGCAACAGCGCAGCUCAGGGCUGCAUAUCUUUGGUAUCAGAAAACGGCAAGGCCAGAUAACUUUGAAGAAAACGUAAUUUAGCUGAAUAAAAUGGCUUUCCGCAUCCCAUUUGGCAAGAAACACGCUGAAAUAGCGACAUCCUUCGCUCGCUCUGGAGCUGGAUUCGGCGGUGCCGCAGGCCUGGCCCUGCUUUACUACACCGACUGGAAGCUUAUCCUUCAGUACGUUCCAAUCUACGGCUCCAAGUACGAUAAAACCGAAUAAGCAUGGCCUUUGUCACUUCCACGCAUAGUUCAUGUCCAAGUGGACACAAUGUUUUGCUUAGUGAAUAAAAUAAGUUUAAACGAUCA